GAGAGUGAAGAAUGUAGAGAGGAUGAAAGGAGCAUUGAAGCUCAUAUCAAUGAAAUGUCUACAGAGAUGCUUAAGGUACACCCAGAUCUGAACUCUUUAAAGGAGAGAAUGAGACGAACCUAUGCAUACCGAAAGACCUUCAUGGCAACUGCCAAGGCAGAGGAAAUCAUCGAAAAGUUUCCCGCACUGAAGCUUCCUAAAAUACUUCUGUGGGAGAUGAAGGAGCAAUUCCUUGUAGAAGCUGAUUGCAGAAUGGUCACAGAGCUGGAUCGAAUGGCAACGAAGAUGGUUCAAAGAGCAUCUAUGUGUGACUUAAAGGACUGCUGCCAGAGGGCAAUCAAUGCCUGCCUGGAUGAUUCAGUAAGACGAGGACUCAUUAGGGAUGCAGCAAUUCUACUGCUGCCUUCCAUUUUCAGAGAGGACUCAUCCUUUCUAUACACUCUACUGGAGGAGCCAAGCGUGCCUACUCCAGCAAUCAUGCUCCAUAACACACACGAGGGGAACCCUUUGCAGGCACAAAGGAUAACCCUAUACCUGGAUGGUAUACAGGUUUUGACUGAGGACAGCAGAAUGGACAAAUCAUAUGCUAUGAGAAAGCCCGAGACUGGAAAGCAUGUAAUAAAAUGGACAGCAUAUGUCAACUUGCCCAUUUCACUUAAGCUAGACCUCUUUAAGUCUACCGUCGAACCCAUCCUCAUGUACGGCUCCGAGACCUGGACCUUCAAUGCGCGCCUUCACAAACGCAUUGAUGGUUGCUAUACUAACCUGCUUCGAAGAGUUCAAGGCUUGUCGUGGCAGUCCCAUUCCACCUUGGACAAAAUAUACGGCAACCUACCUCGAGCAAGCACCCGUCUGAGCCAAUGUCGUGCACAGUUUGCUGGUCACUGCUGCCGUGCCAAGACGGAGCUGAUAUCACAGCUUCUCCUUUGGAAACAAUCUACCAGGAAUCGCCUCACCUACCGCAAAGUAAUCGCACGGGACAAUGGGAAUCUUGUUUCAGAGCUGGGCUCUGCCAUGGGUGACCCCGACUGCUGGCGGAGGGUUGUGCAAGGUCUCUCGGCUACAGUCGCACAUUGA